UCCGGUUACGUUCGUGGGAAAAGAAAGUAGCUUCUUGUGUGAUCUCUUUUGUUUUUACUGUUUUUUUGGUUUCGAUAAUGUGGCGGCUUCAGCUUUUCCUUUUGCUCUCCACCUGCUUCCUCAUACCGCAUGAGGCAAAGCCAACAACGCGUUCUCCCUCGCCCUCCCUCUCGACCACGCCCACUGUGGCAUCAGCGAUCUUCAAGCGCACCAACAACAUUGGACGUCUGGCAGCCAAGGAUCUGGCCGAUCUUCUGCUCGCCAGCAUGCAAGCCCGAGGCGCCAAGCUGUCGACUCAUCAGGAAGCCACCGUUAAGACUUUGCAGGAUAUGGAACCGAUGGAAAGACAAACUGGAGCCGUAUUUUUGCAGUUGGGCAUGGAUCUGAUUAUCGAUGUGUUGAUUGGCAGCAACACGGAUGCCAGCUGUGAUCGUGUCAUCAAGGACAUUAAGAACACCAAGGAUAACAAUAGUCUAACACUCAGUUUGAAGUCAUUUAUCGCCCUCUGCAAGUUCAACAACAUCGAGUGCUCGCAGAAACAAGUUGUACAGAUCAUCAAGUCCACCGCCGCCUUUAAGCAAUCCGAUGUUGCCGUUGAGGGUGCUCGCAGCACUCGCACAGCUUUGCAGCAGAGUGCCAAAUCAUUCUAUGUGAAGGGUGAUCGUGACAGCAUGAUUGAGUUCUUGCAGGCGAGAAGCCUGAAGGAGCUCGUUGCCAUCUGCAGUUCGUUGUUGCAAGUGUGCGGCGCGUCCGGUCUCGAGGCGCAGAACAUUGUGCAGAAUUUAGUUGAAAUGGGUCCCAAGGCAAAUACACAGAGCGCUGGCGUCAGUUUGUUGCAGGUGAAUGGCUUCAGUACGCUGAUUGUCUCGCUGAUGGACAGUCUGACAACCAUAGCGAAUGGCCAAAAGAGUGGUUUCUGUGCCGCAACCGCCGAGAGCUGGAUAGUGCGUCUGCUCGAUAUGGGCGUGGCAAAAGUUGUCAUCAUGGGUCUAUUGACAGCGUUAGAUCGUUCGACUCCUGUUUCACCCAACUCGCUGAUACAACAAGGCAAAUCGGCUGCUAAUUUGGUGGACGCUGAUGUGCCACUCAAUAAGGGCGCAGCGGUUGCCUCUAAGCGUUCAAGUGGCUCGCUGCCUUUGAUUGGUAAUGUGAUUGGCAACAAUAUUGGAACCGGAGCUGGUAAUAUUAUUACCGGACAAGAUAAUGUUGUUAACCAACUCGUUGCUGCUCAAGUUCCUGCUGCAGUUAACGCCGUAGCUCUGAACAAUAUUGCUGGCACAGCGACAGGUGCUACAGGUGGCGUUACUGGUGGACUUCUUAGCUCUGGACCUCUAUCUAGCCUCUCUGGCCUUACCGGCUCACCGGUCAGCCAAGCUGGCAAUUUGAUUGGCAAUAAUAUCAUGACGGCUCCGAAAAAUAUAAUCAGUGGACAAAAUAAUCAGGUUACCACACUUGUCGGUGCCGCUGUUCCCGUUGCUGCCCAAGUUGCGGCCUUGAACUCCAUUACAGGAAGUGCUAACGGCGGUGGAUCAAGCGGUGGUCUUCUUGGAUCCCUUGGCUCCAGCCCUCUGUCUGCUCUCUCCGGCACACCGCUCGGUUCAGCCGGCAAUUUACUGGGCAAUAACGUCAGGACGGGACCAAAAAAUGUGAUCAGCGGCAGUAAUAAUAAUGUCUUCAGUCUUGUCGAUGCUGAUGUUCCUGUAGCUGCAAAUGUUUUGGCACUUAACUCUAUAACUGGCUUGGUUGGAGGUGGUUCCAGCAGCGGUUCAAGUGGUUCAAGUUCUGGUUCAAGCUCUGGUUCAAGCUCUGGUUCAAGCAGCGGUUCAAGUGGAAGUUCUAGCGGCGGUUCAAGCAUUGGCAAUGCCAUUGGCAACAAUGUUCAAACGAACCCCAAAAAUGUGAUCAAGGGAAGCAACAAUAAUGUGUUCAGUCUUGUCGAUGCUAAUGUUCCUGUAGCUGCUAACGUAUUGGCACUUAACUCGAUUACUGGCUUGGUUGGAGGUUCAAGAAGUGGUUCAAGUUCUGGUUCAAGCAGCGGUUCAAGCGGAAGCUCUAGUGGAGGCUCUGGCGUUGGCUCUCUUGUUGGGAAUGCCAUUGGCAAUAAUGUUUUAACUGGUUCUAAAAAUGUGAUCAAGGGAAGUAAUAAUAAUGUCUUCAGUCUUGUCGAUGCUGAUGUUCCUGUAGCCGCAAAUGUCUUAGCCCUUAACAAGAUUACCGGUUUAGUUGGAGGUGGUUCAAGCUCUGGUUCCAGCAGUGGUUCAAGCAGCGGUUCAAGUGGUUCAAAUAGUGGUUCAAGUUCUGGUUCAAGCUCUGGUUCAAGCAGCGGAUCAAGUGGAAGCUCCAGCGGUGGUUCCAGCAUUGGCAAUGCUAUCGGCAACAAUGUUCAAACGGACCCUAGAAAUGUAAUCAAGGGCAAUAACAAUAAUGUGUUCAGUCUUGUCGAUGCUAAUGUUCCUGUCGCUGCAAAUGUCCUGGCACUCAACUCUAUUACUGGUUUGGUUGGUGGUGGAUCAAGCUCUGGUUCAAGCGGUAGUUCAGGAAGUGGUUCAAGUGGUGGUUCUAGCGGAAGUUCUGGCGUUGGUUCACUUGUUGGCAAUGCUAUUGGCAAUAAUGUUCUAACGGGCUCUAAGAACGUGAUCAAGGGAAGUAACAAUAAUGUGUUUGGUCUUAUCGAUGCUAAUGUUCCUGUAGCUGCAAAUGUCUUGGCACUUAACUCCAUUACUGGUUUGGUUGGAGGUGGUUCAAGUUCUGGUUCCAGCAGCGGUUCAAGUGGUUCAAGUUCUGGUUCAAGCUCUGGUUCAAGCAGCGGAUCAAGUGGAAGCUCUAGCGGCGGUUCAAGCAUUGGAAAUGCUAUUGGCAACAAUGUUCAAACGGAUCCUAAAAAUGUGAUCAAGGGCAAUAACAAUAAUGUGUUCAGUCUUGUCGAUGCUAAUGUUCCUGUGGCUGCAAAUGUUUUGGCACUUAACUCCAUAACUGGUGGCUUGCUAGGAGGUAGUUCAAGUUCUGGUUCAAGCUCUGGUUCAAGCUCUGGUUCAAGCUCUGGUUCAAGUACUGGUUCAAGCAGUGGUUCAAGCGGAGGUUCACUUAUUGGCAACGCUAUUGGCAAUAAUAUUUUAACUGGCUCUAAAAAUGUGAUCAAGGGCAAUAACAAUAAUGUAUUUGGUCUCGUCGAUGCUAAUGUUCCUGUGGCUGCAAAUGUCUUGGCACUUAACUCCAUUACUGGUUUGGUUGGAGGUGGUUCAAGCUCUGGUUCAAACUCGGGUUCAAGUUCUGGUUCUCUCGUUGGCAAUCUUCUGAGUAAUAUUGUGGGCGGUGGUCAGCCAAAGGAUGUGGUUCAAGUGGUUGAUCAACAGGGCAAUCUAUUGAUGAACAUUGCACACAAAUCGGACACUUCCGGCGAUAGUGUUGGAAACGAUAUUUCCAACAACUUGACGACCCGUCCCAAGCAAAUUGUGCUAGGUGACAACAACAAAAUUGUCAAGGUGGUGAACUUGGAUGCCAAUGUGUUGGCUAAUUUGGAUCUGGCGAAUGCAAUUCGUGGCAGCAGCGGAGCUUGCAUCGGCAAUAAUAUCAACAGUGGACCCAACACUGUGAUUGAAGGCAGCGGCAAUGAUGUGGUUACUUUGGUUAAUCUUGAUCUGAGUGCUCUGGUUAAUCUGAAUUUGUUGAACGAUAUCAUUGGCACCGUGGGCAACGAUUGCAUAUCGCAGACAACACCACAGCCACCCACCGAGGAGCCUCCCACUGCUCAGCCUCCUACUGUAGAGCCUCCGACUCCUCAGCCUCCGACUCCUCAGCCUCCUACGCCUCAGCCUCCUACGCCUCAACCACCAACGCCAGAGCCUCCAACUCCUGAACCAUCCACUCCAUAUCCUUCCACUCCUCAGCCUCCCACUCCUCAGCCUCCCACUCCUCAGCCUCCCACUCCACAGCCUCCUACUCCACAGCCUCCUACUCCUCAGCCUCCUACUCCCAGCCCACCGACUCCUAAUCCCAGCAACUGCUAUCGUCGCUACUGUCGCAAGUGGCGCACUCGCCCCAGUUAUCUGUGCUACAAGAACUGCGGCGGCUCCUAUGUCUACAGGCCCUAAGCAGGCAUUAGAUCGAAAACGAGUACGAGAGAGAGAUAGCAAGAGGAAAGAUGAUACAACUCUACUCAAAACUUUGGAAUCUCCCCUCGUGUGGAGCUCUUCAUUCACCUGUUAUGUGUUUUACCCCCAAGAUGCACCUAUUUAUUUUGACUAAUUUCUAAGUGAACUUCUUUAAUUUACUUGAUGUAUUGAAAUACAACUGAAUUAUUUAUUAUCAAAA